AUGUCCGUUGGUUACAUCGGAUUCAGCCUGGAUAACCGCAACGAAUUACCCUCGGCGCUGUUGCAUCAGCCUUUUCCGGAGUUUUCCGCCAGCGUGCUCAACGAUCCGGAUCGACGUGUAAGCAAAGCGGAUCUGUUAGGUCGUCCAACACUGGUGAAUGUCUGGGCCACCUGGUGUCCGACCUGUAAAGCCGAGCACGCUGAGCUGAUGCGUAUUGCAGAGUUGACCGAUGUGCGUCUGGUCGGGGUUAACUACAAGGAUGUCGCGGUGAAAGCCAAACGUUGGCUGGUUGACUACGGUGAUCCCUAUGAAUUUGUCAUCGUGGAUCAGGACGGCGGUCUUGGUGUAGAGCUGGGAGUUUAUGGCGCGCCGGAGACCUUUCUGCUCAAUGCCCAGGGAGAGGUGGUUUACAAACGUGUUGGUGAAGUAAAUCAGCGUAUAUGGCGUGAUGAGCUGGCCCCACGACUGGCGCAGAUGGGGGUAUAUCAGAUGCCCGCACAGGAGACUGAAAGUUUGACCAUCGGCGCGGGCAGCGAUGCGCCCAUCGCUCAGGACCUGCGGCGUACCGUGCAUCGCCUGGUGGUGCAGGAAGGAUACAGUGACCAGGAAGUGCGCGAUUUCCUGCAGGCGCGAUACGGGGACUUUGUCCUGUAUAACCCGCCAUUUAACAGCCGCACCAUGCUCAUCUGGCUGGUCCCACUCGGUCUGGCGAUUGUCGGGGCGUUGGUCUUGUUCGGCUUAUUGCGCCGCGCGCGGCAGCAAGAGGUUGUCGAUUUGGAUGUCAGCCAUGAUGAGGUGGUGAAAGACGUUUACCGACAGCGUUAUGACGAACUUCCGAGUGAAACGGACGACACUCUGCUACGCGGUGAGAUUGAAAAUGAACUAGGCGCCGUUCUGCUGACUGAAUCGUUGGGUGAUGUCGAUCAGACGGAAAUUUCCACACAGAAGACGGCGCUGUCAUGGUCGCUGGCGCUGCUUGUGCCGCUGUUCGCCCUAGGCAUUUAUUUCACGGUGGCUGAGCCUGAACUGCAGAAUAUCCGUGGUGCAGAAGAAGUGCUGACUAUGGCUGCAGAUGAUGCUGCUCUGCAGGGGUGGGCGGAACGCCUGUCGGCACAUACGCAAAACUCACCAGACGACGACAAAAGUUUCUACCUGCUUGGUCAUGUUUACCUUAAACAGGGUGAAUAUGCAGAGGCUGCCGAGGCGUUUGGUAGAACCGCGCAACUCGCAGGAGACGAUCUGAAUGUGCAGGUCUACUGGCUUCAGUCGCGUUAUCUUGCAGCAGCAGGUGUGCUGGAUGAUUUCAGUCGCGAAUUGGCGCAACGCAUUCUGGAGCAGGAACCAUCGCUGGGUGUGGUGCUCGAAAUUCUGGCACUGGAUGCGUUUCGCACGGGUGACCCAGAGCAGGCCAUCACGCUGUUGAAUCGUGCGUUGACCAGCGCUAAUGAUCUGCAGCGCCAGGCCUCUUUUGCCACGGCUAUCCGUCAGGUGCGGGAGGGCAUGCAGACCUCUGAGCCAGGGGUUUCUGUUGCCGUGUCAGCCACAACCUCACCUUCACCCCGCGCCAGUGUCUUUGUUGUUGCGCGGCCAGUGGGUGGCGGCAUGCCUUAUGCCGCAGUCAAACAGCCGGCGUUCUUAUUACCUUUCGAAGUUCGGCUUGAUGAUCUUGUCAGUAUGAGUCCGGAGCGCAGGCUCAGCCAGGCAGAUCAAUUUGAGGUCCUGGUCCGAGUCAGUGAAAGCGGCAACGCAAUGCCGCAACCUGGCGAUUGGCAAUGGGUGUCCCCGGCCAUGAAUUUGGCUGACUCAGGGGCGCAAACCCUUGACGCUACGCUCACGCCGCCUGAGUAA